AUGUACAAAGAGUUUAAUAAUAGCAUGAGACAUAUCGUGCAUUUCGAAUGUAUAAAUCCUCCACAUCGCCUCAGGCGCGCUAACAUAGCGAACGUCCAGAAACAUUUGAAUUUCGUUGUACAUAGGUUCCUGGAUAGUUGUUGUUUGACCGUCUUCUUCCACGGUUCGUACGACAAUUUGAGCUCUAUCAAAUCCUUUGUAUAUAUAUUUAAUGUCAGUCAUCCCCAGUCCAAUGGCUCGAUUGAGCGAUUUCACGCCACCUUAUUGGAAAUGAUCAGAUCCCAUGUAUCCGAAAAUCCCGACGAACAUCCCUUCAAUAUUCUUCCCUAUGCUGUUCAGUGCUACAAUAGUACUAGAAAUAAAACUACUGGCUUUACACCAUACGAGCUCGUGUUUGGCCACACCUCUGGUCGUCCGCCCGAACACGUAUAUUUAGAAAAAGAAUUGAUGUCCAAGUAUGUUCGAGACAUUCGGAAUAAACUCGAAUAUUACUACAAAAUUACCCGCGUGAGAACUGACGAACAGAAGCAAAAAGCAAAAAUUCGCUUUGGAGUGUCACCCAAUUUACAAUCAUAUGAAAUUGGCGAUAAAGUCUUUGUGAAACAGUCUCAAAUUUCAAACAAGCUUCAGAACAAAUUUGAUGGUCCAUUCGAAAUUACUCAAGUUUUUGAAAAUUCUGCGCUCCUUAAGAACCCGGAAACAAAUAGAAUAAGUAAAGUUAAUUUUGACAGACUGAAACCAUGUUUUGAGACUUAG